CUGCAUCUCCAAAUUGUUGUAGUAACUAAGCUGGUGAUAAUGGCGGAUGCUGUGAUUUCUGUUGUUGUGGAGAGAGUUGCAACUAUCAUUCAAGAUCAGAUUCGGUAUGAAGUCAAUUUGGUGAGAGGCGUUGAGAAGGAGCUUCUACAUCUUUCAGACAAGUUGAGGACUGUCAGAAAUGUGUUGGAUGAUGCAGAAAAGAGAGGAGUGAAGGAUCAAAGCGUCAAAAGCUGGUUGAAGAAGCUCGAAAACACAGCUUAUGAGAUGGACGACAUUUUGGAUGAAUGGGACUACUAUCUACUCAAACAUAAGAUGAAAGCUUCGGUUGAGCAAAAGGUAUGCUGCUCCUUCAUCCCAUCUUCAUCUUUAUAUUUCAAGAAAGUUUCUAUUCGUCGUGAUACUGGACAGAAAAUAGAAAAUGUGAAAGUCAGACUGGAUCAGAUUUUAAAGGAGAAGGAUGAUUUUGAAUUUGUGACCUCUUUGCCUCCAACUGAUCAUCCCGUGCCCAAUUCUUGUCGAGUUCAAUCCACGUCUUUUAUUGAAUUUGAGAAAGUUCGUGGGUCAGACGUAGAGAGGAAUAAGGGUAAUAUAGUGAAAAAAUUACUUAGUGCUGAUACCCAAAUUCUUUCUAUAGUUGGGACAGGGGGGAUUGGAAAAACAACUCUUGCUCAACUUGUUUACAAUGAUGCUCAAGUGACGAGUUGUUUUGAAUUAAGAAUAUGGAUUUGUGUUUCUGAUCCAUUUGAUUUGGCUGCAAUUGCUAAAGGAAUUAUUGGGAGUGUGACGAAGGAGAUUAUUCCUUUAGGCAUUAACCAAUUGGAAUUGAUACUAGAAAAACUCGGACAUUGUAUUUCAGGAAAGAAGUUUCUUCUCGUUCUUGAUGACGUUUGGACAGAGAAAUACAAUGAGUGGGAACCCUUGAAAAUCAAUCUUAGAAAAGGUGCAGUGGGUAGUAAAAUUCUGGUGACAACAAGAAAAGUGACUACGGCUAAGAUGAUGGGUACCUUAGAUAAUGAUAUUUAUCGCCCAAAACAGCUUAGUGAUGAAGAAUGUUGGUCAUUAUUGCGUGGGAUAUCCCUCUCUGGACGGGAUGGGGAGUUGGCAGAAUUUGAGAGUGUUGGCAAGAAAAUAGCUACUAAGUGUAGUGGCUUGCCUCUUGCUGCAAAUGUUUUGGGAAGACUUUUGCAAUUCAAAUAUAAUUUGCAAGAGUGGGAAGAUGUAGAGAAGAGUGAAAUAUGGCAAUUAGAAAAUGCGGAAGUAGAUCUUUUUCCCCAUUUAGUUCUAAGCUACAAAGAUUUGUCCCCACCUCUUAAGCGUUGCUUUUCGUAUUGUGCCGUCUAUCCUAAAGAUCACAAAAUACGUGCGGAUAGACUAAUAGCAGAGUGGAUGGCUUUAGGUUAUUUGGGAUCUGUUAGUGGAAACGGUGAAGUGGAACUCAAAGGGCGACAGUACUUGAACAAUUUAGCAAUGCGUUCUUUGUUUCAAGACAAUGUGAAGAUUGGUGAACAAAUAAUACAUUGCAAAAUGCAUGAUAUAGUACAUGAUUUUGCUGUAUUUCUCAGGAAGAAUGAUAACAAAGAUGAGGUUGCUAAAAUGAGAAAGGAAAGUUGUCAAGUUUGUGAUCCACUUUUAGUUUCUCAAGCUAAAGAGUAUCGUAGCUUAUUUAUGGACAAGAGUAGACGUGUUGCUCUUUGUGAUUGCAUAUCAAGUGUUAGGGUGUUGGGCUUGGAAAGGGGUUUCCAUGAUCCUCUUCUACAAGGAAUGGAAAAGUUGAUUCACGUCAGAUGUUUGGAAUUGAGUGAUAUUGAGUUGAAGGAUGAAGACCUCAAAAAUAUAUGCAGGCUUUAUUUCUUACAAACUCUAUUGUUAUCACAUUGUUACUUGAUAAAUAUUCCUGGAGAAAUUGGAGAUUUGGUACACUUGAGAAACCUUGACUUAAGUCGUAACGGAUUCACUGGUUUGCCAGAGAGUAUUUGUAGACUGGUUGAAUUGCAAACCUUGAAUCUCGAAUCCUGCGACAACCUCUACAAACUGCCAGAAGGGAUCCGUAUGCUUGAGAACCUCCAACACAUUUUUGUUGAUCGUGCUUGUGCAAGUCAAGGUCGGUUGGUUAAAGGAGUAGCUCAGUUAAGUGGUCUCCGCACUUUUGGUUAUAUAAGUUCUUUCGGGAUUGAGAACUUGUUCAGAGUACAAAGUGGUCCUAACAAGUUUAAACGGUUGAAACACUUAAACCAUCUUACUGGAUCUCUAAGAUUGGAAAUUUUGUGCAACACCAUACCUGAAGUGGAAGAGUUGGCUAGGACCGCAGGAGAAGCAGAACUAAGGAAGAAGAUACACAUUCACUCACUGCGUAUACUAUUUCUCUUUAAGUGUCAAUGGAAAUAUCAUUCUGGUCAUGAGAAGGAGCAUUCCAGGCUCUCGCUGGAGUUAAUAGAAGCUUUGCAGCCCCAUCCGAAGCUGAGUAAACUCGAAAUUGAGGGAUACGCUGGCUAUCAACUUCCGCGUUGGAUGUCAUCGCCCCUCAACUUCGUAAAACAUAUUCAUCUGUUUAAUCAUCUUCACUUGUCGUCAUUGACGCCUAUGGGAAAACUACCUUUGUUGGAAGAUCUCAUAUUGGAGCGCCUGAAUAAAAUGGAAUUUUUGGGACGGGAGUUUUUGGGAAUAGUAGCUUCAUCAAGUAACCAUGUUGUUGUCUUUCCUAAACUCAAGAAAUUGGCAUUUAAUUCGUUAAUUUGUUGGGAUAAGUGGGAGGACAUAACAGUGGAAGAAGAAGAAUCUGCUGCCAUCUCUAUCAUGCCAUGCCUCACUGAGUUGCAUAUCACUGAUUCUGUGAGCUUGAAGAAGCUGCCGCAUCGCCUCCUGCAUAAGGCCUCCUCGUCUUUGCGGUGGAUUAACAUUGUUGGUUCAUCAGAGCUAGUAAAAACAUACGGAGAGGACAAGGAAGGUUCAGCUUGGAGAUCCAUUUCCCAACAUAAUCCCCAACUUCAACUUCACAUAUAGGUCUAGUGCAAUUUAUGUCUACUUGUUUGUUUACCUUUUUUUAAAUUGAAUUUGGGAUUUUGAUAUGUAUUUUUCUUCUUUAUUCGUAUAUCUUUGUUAGACGGAUACUCUUUUUCCUUUAUGGUGUUUUUCCCUUUGGGUUUUUUCACUAUGGAGGUUUUAAUGAGGUCUGGCCUUGAGUGAUCAUUCUCUGUUCUCCAAGGUUUA